AUGAAGUACCAGCUUUUCCCCUCGCUUACUGCGAUCAUUCUCGGGCUCGUUGCGACCGUAUCAGCUAGCCCGCUGAUGAAGCGCGAUGGUUCUUGCCCAUCUGGGUACACCCUAAGCGUGUACUACGAGACGGUGACUAUCACUGAUGUCUCGACACCCACUUCGACGUCUGUAAUGACUGCGAGUGCCAGCAUUACCAAUAUUCCUAUCGAAACACCCACUACCACAUACCACGAUGUAGUAUCCACUUCUUAUGCCCAGGCCUCCUCGUCUGUGGUUUCUAUCCCCGAGGCCACCAUUGUUCAAAGCCAAGAACAUGUUGCUGAUGCUGUUGCGUUGACCUCUGAUGCUCCUCAGAAGCCAGCCACUUCUACUCCUACUACAGUUGCACCAGUGGAAUCUUCUACAACCUCAUCUUCCUCUACCACUUCUACUACAAUCUCUACUACCGUUUCUACCACCUCUGCUUCAUCUUCAUCUUCAUCUUCAUCUUCGUCCAGUGAGACUGCAGGGACGGCAACAUACUACGGCGGUAACCUCUCCGGUGGAACCUGCUCCUUUUCUGAUUACACGUUGCCCAGUAGUCUCUUUGGUACCGCGCUUUCGAUUGACCAAUGGGAUGAUGCCGCCAAUUGCGGCGCAUGUGUUUCUGUCAAAGGCCCUAAUGGCAAAACCAUUAAAGCAAUGAUUGUUGAUGAAUGCCCCAGCUGUGCAACAAACCACUUUGAUCUAUUCGAGGAUGCCUUUGGUGAGAUAGCAGAUAUUUCGGCGGGCGUCGUCGAUAUCGAUUGGGAGUUUACUUCCUGUGACCUGGACGGUGCGCUGAAACUGCGGAAUAAAUCCGGAUCAUCGCAAUACUGGUUUUCCAUGCAGGUCGUUAAUGCAAAUGAGCCAGUUUCCGCUCUGGAGGCCAGUACCGAUGGUGGUAGUACUUGGAUUGCUACCACCCGCACAUCCUACAACUACUUCGAGUACACCUCUGGCUUUGGCACGGAUACCGUUGAUGUGCGUGUGACAGGCAAGAGUGGAAAUUAUGUUGUAGUAAAGGACGUCUCUUGUUCUACUACUUCAGACAUUACCGCAGACUCAAACCUAUAG